AUGGCUUCGCCAUAUAAAAACUUAAAGAUUGAGGAAAAUUUUACUCGUUUGAGUAAACUUUUAAUUAAUAAAGGAACCCAAGCCUUAAAAACAACAUUGCAAUCUUUAAUAAAGCCAUCAAGUUUAGGUGGUAAACUUAAAGAUCCCUCCACAAAGAAGUUACUAACAUCUUUGAAAUUUAAAGUCAUCAAGAAUGAGCAAUGGGAUCUUCUUUACCCGUCAAUUGGUGAAACUGACAUUGAAAACUUUGACAUCACAUUAUUAACUGUCUUAUUGCGAAAUAUAUGUUGUAUAACAGCGCCACAUGGUGGAUGGAAUGAACUUCCUUCCUCUACAGAUUCUUCAAUCUCAGCAAAUAUUGCAAGAAUAAAGUUUUAUCGAAACAAAGUGUAUGGUCACAUAAAUACAACUAGUGUAGAUGACAAUAAAUUAAAGAAAGCUCCCCUCAGUACCGCUGAGGCAAAUCAUAUUGAGAUGUUAAAAGAAUGGUAUGAAAAAGAACGAAAGUUAAUCGAUGUCACUGAAGAAAUCAAAGAAGAUGUGAAAGUAAUAAAAAGAAAUGUUGCAGAGAUGGAACAUAAUAUGGCAACAAAAGCUGAUGUUGUUGAAGUAAAAGAAAUGAUACAGGGCAAAAUAUGCUCAGAUCUCAAGAAGCAUGGAAAGUGUAAUUUCAAUGAAGAGUUUGACCGACUGCCUAAAUGGAUUAAAAUCUUCAUCACCAGUCGUCCAGAACUUCCUGUUCAAAGGAAGUUGAAAGACAUGAAUCCUGUGGAAAUUACAACUCGUCCUCGUGAUGAAAACAAUGAAGAAGACCUGGAAAAGUAUUUGAAACAUCAGUUGAAUGAUCGGGUGCAGGAAGAUCCUUACGUUCUAUGGUCAUUAGCUAGAAAAUGCGAGGGAUCAUUUCUUUGUGCGUAUUACGCACAACUGAGCUUGAAUAAAGAAAAUAUUGAGCUUACUUACGAAAACAUUCACCAAUUGGUCCCUAGUGGGUUAAGCAGUGUUUACACAAAGCAAUUCAAAAGAGUAAAAGAUUUAACGAAAGAAAUUCCGGGAAACUCUGUUAUCUCAGAAACUAAUUUUAUACAAUUUCUUGAAUUGUUGGCUGCCAGUCGGGAGUUUUAG